AUGCUGGCCGCCGAAGAACGUCCCGGCAGGACGGUCACGGUGAAAGAGCUGCGAGCAGAGCGUAAAAAGCUGCUGAGCGAGCACUUCGGGUAUAGCAACGAUAACAACCCAUUCGGAGAUCGGUUGCUGGCUGAACCCUUUGUGUGGAAGAAGAAGAACCUUCUGCUGCAGGCGGCUGGAAAGAAGCAUGCGACGACAGUUAAUGCCCUUUUGACGACUUCUGUCAGCAAAGUGCAAGAGAUCAAGAGCGUGAAAAAACGCCGAGAGGAGCGAGAGGCGGAGGAAGCGCUUAUGCAGGCACAGCGCGAAGAAUUACAGCGCGAGAAAGAGAAAGAGCAUUUCCAGGACUACUUCGAGAAGGAGGAGGUGUUUCAUCGUUUGAUGCACAUUAAGAAAACAGAAAUUAGAGCGGAACAAAAUAGAGAGCAGCCUAUUGAUUUCAUUGUCAAGGGGCUGCGGAUUCUGAAUGGCGAGAGAUUUGAAAAGGUCACGCUCCUGCCCGUACCGCCUCAUGAAAUUUUCGACUGCUUCAACAAGGAGCCGAUGACUACACACAUGAUCGAGGAGAUGCUGGCGGACGUCAAGCUGCACAUUGGCGUUGACACAACGGCGGUAGACAAGGACUACCAGGACUUUUGGCAGGCGUUGCUUGUCUUGACGAAGGAUGCUUUGGAGCGAGCGGAGAAGAAGAACAAGGUGAUAGAGGCACUUAAAAAAGAUUCCUCAGCCGACGCCGCUGCGCAGGCUGCAGCACUACUUGCUAACAAUAGCUCUGCAGGAGACAUCCGAGACGCAGACUCCGGCAUUGCCGUGGGAGUUGCGUCGGAUAUCACUGCAAUUCUCAGUGGGAAGUCACCUGAAGAGCUCGAUGCUUUGAAAGAGCACAUAAAGCAGAAGCUUGAGACCGAAGAGGACGUGGACACAGCAUAUUGGGAGGCUAUUCUACAGAAAAUACCUCUCUUUCGGGCUCGAGCAAUUUGUUUGAUGUACCAUCAGAGGAUUAUGGAGAAGGCAUCAGAGCUGGACUACCAACUUAAAUGCGAGCGAGCAGCAGCUGAGGCUGAAAUAUUGAAGGCUAGGGCAGAAGAGGGAGACGUAACGGACGACUUGCUCGCCACUGAGGAGGAAGCCCGCCAACAACUAAGGAAGCAGCAAAUUCAGGAGCAGGCUAGGCAGAUGGCGCGCGUAGUGGAAAAAGAAAUAAAUCCUGGGGCCGAUGGGAGCUACUCCCCUGAGCUGGAGCCUUAUGAAGACGAAACAGAUAUCCCUGAACCGCGAGGGCCUUAUUCCCCUAUUUUAUAUCCGUUUGAUGAGUUUCGCUCUGAAACAAACAUCCUGCAUCCGGAUGAGGAACUCGAACAGCGGCUGUCUGAAAGACGGAUUGCGAAGCACCGUGAACGCGAGCGGCGAUUAAUUCAAUUAGGAGUUGAUAAAGAGAAACAGGCAGAAGACGAGGAGGAUGAUGAUGAGAUUCUUGACCCUGCCGCAAAGAUUGUAACGUUUGAGGACUUCGUUCGCAAGGAGCAGAAGAAUGCAAGUCCGGAUGAGGAAGUGCUGGCGGCUUCCUCCGAAAUGAAGUUGAAGCAGCACUACGGAUGGGAGGAAAAGUAUCGUCCGAGAAAACCCCGUUUUUUUAACCGCGUGCGCACCUGUUAUUUCUGGAACAAAUAUAACCAGACACACUACGACCAUGAUAAUCCUCCACCCAAGAUUGUUCAGGGAUAUAAGUUCAACAUUUUCUAUCCCGACCUAAUUGAUAAAACCAAGACCCCCACAUGGACCCUGGAGCCCUCGGACACGCCGGACACUAUUAUUGUGCGGUUUCAUGCUGGUCCUCCGUAUGAGGAUGUGGCAUUCAAAGUUUUGAAUCGUGAGUGGCAUUUAGAGAGAUUUAGGGGCUUCCGCAAUGUAUUCGACCGCGGAAUCAUGCAGCUGUACUUCAGUUUCAAAAAAUACUGCUACCGGAGAUAA